AUAGAGAUCGCGGUAUUCCCUCGCCGCAUACGGAUGCAAGUGCAGCGGCGAAAGGCUCGUAUCCCUGAAAGGUUCGCAGAAUUUCGUGGUAGUGACGUAGCCAUCAGCUGUGCAAAUAUCGACGUCUAUCGGCGGUGGUUCGUGACGUCACAUAGCACCUUACCAGACUGAGUCAGGCUUUAUAAUAGACAAUCGUCGCGCUACCAACCAUAAUACAACGGACCGCGAAAGGUACAGCACGUGUGACAGUUGAAAAGUGAGUGCGGCUUAAUUAGUUCCAAGUGACUUAGUGAAGUGAAAAGAGGACCAUGGCUAGGUUUUUGAUGUUAUUGAUAGUGGUGGUGAUCGUGGAUGCGUAUAACCACCACCCGAAGUUCCCGAAGUCUGUCGCCUCCGAGAGCGAAGUGCAGCGUGGCGUGAAGAUAGUUGACUGCAACGGCACUCAUGACAAAUUAAGGAAUGAUCUGAUUGUGAAAUCAAGUUGUGGCGAACCCAAAGAAGUGUUUGAAAAACUUACUGUGGCGGGUUCCUUUUUACAGGUGACGCCGAGCCAUGUCUGGGUCAAGAGGUGUGUCGGACUCUGUAGCUAUGGACCCACCGGAUCACAAUGCACGCCCACUAAAACUAGAAAAGAACACAUUCCCGUUCGAAUAUUUGACCUUAAGACGAAAAGAGAAAGCUGCUCGACUUAUGAGAUGGUGGUGCAUGAGUCAUGUGGCUGUUGCGUCUCUGGCGCAAAGGAAUGUUCAGCGCCUAAGAUAUUCAACCCUCGUAAGUGCUCCUGUCAGUGCCCUAACAUGAACGAAAGGAGGAAUUGUCUCAAAAAGAGAAAUAUGAAUAUGAAAUGGAAUAGGUCCAAAUGUACUUGUGAACCACGAAAAAGAGUGACCAGUUGGUGAUUGAACAUUUCUUAUCUAUUAGUGACAUUGUCGCACUGUACGACUGAUAACACGGUGCGAUAAUCUUUGAGACAUCUUCUGUUGAAUCUAUCAGAAUCCGGGGAUAUGCAUACUGUGGAUGCGUGAUUUUCUUACUAGUAAGAAAAUAUUGGAAAACGGAAUAAUGUUCCGUCUGAAACCGUAAUUAUUAAGUAUUAGAGAAAUUGUAUCAGUAUUAUAGCAUAAAUGGGACCAAUCGGUGCUGUGAGCCUAUGUUCCAUAGUUGUAAGCUAAGCUAAACAUAAUUUAAAGGACUUUAAUUGUAUCUCUAGUUAUAUUGACAUGCCUAUACAGUAUUAAGGGCGCUAAUGGCGCAAUUCCUAAGAUGUGAUAUUAUAUUAUAGGUAUGUAUAUAGAUAUGAUCUAUGAAUUUUGUGUAUUCUACUAGAUAAGUGGUUAGAGAACUCGAUUGUGAGUCGUUAUUAGUGUCGUAAAUUGUAUAUAAACAUCUCGUGACUUGGCAAGAUCUUCUGUAGUGAAAAAAACUUCGCGCGUGUACUUUUUGUUGCAUCUAAGUUAACCUGCCAAUUCGUGAGUCGAAACUGGAAUAGAACUAGAAUAUUCGCUUAUUAAGCUGGCGCAUUUAAACAACAAACGGUAUUUAAUAUUAUCCUUCGUCUUUGUAGGGCUUUUUUUUAAUCACCUUUUCUAGUAGAAAACAUACCAAAUUGUGAGCACUAGUCAGCUUUUGUUGAUUAAUUAGAAUAGCACGUGACUUGUCCUAGCUCUCUUUGUAUUAUUGAUCAAAUAAUUUAAUUCUUAGUGUAAGAGCCUAGUCUUUUAAGUGCCAAAGGCAUGAAUCUCAAUUCGUAAUUUGCCUAAUUUAUUGUAGGAUUAAUUGUACGAAUUUUAAGCACUUUUUGGUACUACACUACUUUUAUAUAUGUACUUAAUUUAUUGUGACUAGAAUUUAAUUUAUUUAAAUGUAAAUAUAAUUUUAAUUUAAUAAAUAAAAUGCUUCGCUGUAUAUUUGGACUGUACUCAAUUAGUUAAUUUACACUAUUUGAUUAAGCUUAAAAAGCUUAAAGUGAUCGAAUCACGAUAUAUUUAAGUUUUAAAUAAAUUUUGUACUGAUAA